CAAUGGCUGGCUUACGGCACGAUACCUUUGCCGCAGUCUAGCGUCACAAGCGGUCCAUACUUUUACCUAACCCUUUGUUGGCUGUCAAACUUAAACAUGAGCGGUUUCGACGGUGGCCGUGUGUUCGUUAGUUACCAAGGACAGGAAGCUCCGCGCGAGCCUCUCGAGGAUGGCACCGGCAUACCCGACCAGGACCUGAUUGAGCAUUUCAAGCAGUUCAUUCAGUCUUACCAGAUUGGUACCACGAAGGAUGUCUCUGAGCGACGCCUUUAUGCCGAUGACCUGUACGAGAACCGCACCCACCUGCAUGUGGACCUUAAGGACGUCCGCGCCGCAUCGCACCGGCUGGCGGAUGAGCUGGAGGAGCGGCCCGCGGAGGUGCUGCCGCUGUUUGAGGAGGCUGCCUACAAGGUGCUCCAGGACAAGCUAGCCACGGAUGAGCAAGGCAAGCCGGCGGAGCUGCCAGACGUGCAGAUCCUGCUGUACAGCUCCAUUCCGCUCGCUCAGUCCCAAGCCAUGUCCAUUCGCGACCUGGAGUCCUCCCGCGUCUCAAAGCUGGUGCUGCUCACCGGCAUCAUCACGGCAGCCUCGAAGCCCAGGCACAAGGCCACCUACCUGACCCUCCAGUGCAAGACCUGCCGCGGCUGCAAGCGUGUCAACUGCAAACCGGGCCUGGGCGGUACCUUCAUGCCCGGCUACUGCGACUUGGCGGACCGCCGUGCCCCCGGCGGUGCGGGUGCGGAGGGCUGCGGUCCCAACCCCUUUGUCGUCCUGCCCGAGGGGUCGACUUUCGUUGACCAGCAGACACUCAAGCUGCAGGAGAAGCCCGAGGACGUCCCCACCGGCGAGCUGCCCCGCACUGUGAUGCUGGUUGCGGACCGGCAGUGCUGCAACCAGGUCACUCCGGGCACCCGUGUCACGGUCACCGGCAUCUACAGCACUUACAAGGGCAAGGCCAUGGACAAGGGCGCGGUGUCGUUGCAGCAGCCGUACAUCCGAGUGGUGUCGGUCAUGCAGGAGGCGGGAGACGCGCACAGCCGCUUCAAGUUCACGAAGGAGGAGAUCCAGUCGUUCGAGCAGUUUGCCAAGCAGGACGGGCUGCAUGACGAGAUCUUUGCGCGCAUCGCACCCAACAUUUACGGCUCGGCUGACAUCAAGAAGGCCGUCGCGUGCCUGCUGUUUGGAGGCGCGCGCAAGUCCCUGCCCGACGGCACCAACCGCCGUGGUGACAUCAACGUGCUGCUGCUGGGUGACCCUUCCACUGCCAAGUCGCAAUUCCUCAAGUUUGUGUCGCGAGUGGCGCCCAUUGCCGUCUACACCAGCGGCAAGGGCUCCUCUGCAGCUGGUCUCACGGCCUCGGUCGUUCAGGACGCCAACUCUCGUGAGUUCUAUCUGGAGGGGGGUGCCAUGGUGCUCGCGGACAACGGGGUGGUGUGCAUUGAUGAGUUUGACAAGAUGCGACCCGAGGACCGAGUAGCCAUCCACGAGGCCAUGGAGCAGCAGACGAUCUCGAUCGCCAAGGCCGGCAUCACCACCAUGCUCAAGAGCAGGACCUCGGUGCUGGCCGCCGCCAACCCGCCCUCUGGGAGGUACGACGACCUCAAGACGGCGCAGGAGAACAUUGACCUGCAGUCCACCAUUCUCUCGCGUUUCGACCUCAUCUUCAUCGUCAAGGACUCGCGCGAGCACGACAUGGCCAUUGCACGCCACGUCCUGGACAACCACCGACUGGGUGGGGCCGCGGGCGCGCGUGGCAGGGGCGGCGCGGUGGCAUCGUCUGUGGGUAACAGCACUGGAGGCGGCGGCGAUGCAGGUUCUGGGGGCCAGGAGGCGCAGGAUGUUGAGUUUUUGAAGCGCUACAUCCACUACUGCCGCAGCCAGUGCUCCCCGAGGCUGAACGAGGACGCGGCGAAGCGGCUGGCGGCGUUUUACGUUGAGAUUCGGAAUGAGGCUCGCAACCAGGCCAACGCUUCGGACAGCGACACCCCGCCCGUGCCCAUCACUGUACGGCAGCUCGAGGCGGUGGUCCGUAUCGCGGAGUCGCUAGCCAAGAUGUCGCUACAGCCGGUGGCCACUCUGGAGCAUGUUAACAUUGCGAUUGAGCUGUUCACCAAGUCCACCAUGGACGCUGUAAAGAGCGGCCUCACGCAGGCCGAGCUGGGAGGCGAGCAGCAGUUGGGUCACGUACGGCGGCUAGAGGAGCGCGUCAAGCGGCGGCUGCACAUCGGCGCCUACAUGACCACCAAGCGGCUGCUGGAUGAGAUGGUUGCGCUGGGUGAGCCGGAGAGCCUGGUGCUGCGGGUGCUGCUGACGAUGGCGGCGGCCGGGGACGUCAACCUGACGCGCGAGCGGACCAUGGUGCACCGCCUGCGGUAGAGGGAGA